AGGUCUCUUGAUUUUGUUUUUGAAUUCUUUGUCUUUUGACCUAUGCUUCUCUGCUUUUACCUUCCGUUGUUGCAGAACACAUAAACACACACAUUCCUUCAGGAAAAAGAUGUCAGAUUUAGAAAGGACCAACACCAACGAGAACCGAAACUCCAAGUCAGAGCUUCACAUCAACGUAAAGGAUGUUCCAUUUCAUCUCUCCAAAGAAACUAUUGCAAAGAGAUCAGCGGUAGUGAGCUCAUUACUCGAGAGAAACAAGAUCGAUGAGCUUCAAGGUAUCCUACGAGACAUAGAAGCUGAUCCAGAAACCUUCAAGCUCGUUGCUAAGUUCUGUUACGGCUACAAAGUCAAGUUCACCUCUGACAACAUCGUCUCUGUUCUCUGCAUAGCCUGUUACUUAGGGAUGAACGAAGAACACAGCACCGAUAACUUGCUGGGAAAGGCGUCUAGCUUCUUGGAAACACGAGUUCUCCCCUGCUGGAACGAGACAGUGAAUGCUCUUCGCUCAGGGGACAAGUCUCUCGAGAAGCUAGCGGAUUUUAAACUCGUGGAUCUCUUCUUCGAUUCCCUUAUCGAAAAAGCUUCCUACGAUCCAAGACUCCUCGGUGAAUCGAACAAGAACAACAGAGAGGAGUAUAGACCUAACCCUAGGAGAAGACUGUUUGAUAACGACUGGAAGUCUGAAGAUGUGAUCACUCUCCCGCUUCGGUUUUACGAGCCUCUGAUGAUCCGAGCUAUGGAGUCACGCAGCAUUCCUGCCGAAUACAUCGUCACAUCUGUAUGCAGCUACGCGAAGAAAUGGGUUUUUGACGCGGAGGAAGAUAGCGUGUCAUGCAAGAAAAGAGAAGUGGUUGAAGCUGUCGAGAGGCUUUUGCCUCACCAGAGAGGGAUCAUCUCAUGCGAGUUCUUGUUCAAGACGCUGAAACAUUCGAUAUGGUUAGAAGCUAGCUCCGAGUGUAGAAACGGACUCGGUGUCAGAGUCAGCAAACAGCUCGACACGGCUAAACCAACGGAUCUCAAGAUUCUAACGCAAGGACACGGAGAGAGUUAUAGUUUCGAAGACAUUCAGCUCGUUAGAGCUGUGGUCACUAGCUUUUACUCAAACUACACCAACGAAGAAGAAGAAGAAGACGGUGAAGAAGAAGUUUCACGUUUCUUCAAAGUGGCGAAGCUCUUGGAAGAGUUUCUCCUCUUGGCUGCGAGCGAGUCUUCUUCUUCUUCUUCUUCUUCUCUGAAGCUCGAGGCGUUUGUGGCGUUAGCGGAGAUCACGGUGGCGAUUUCGCUCGGCGUUUUGAGAUACUCUGAUGGGAUAUACAGAGCUAUCGAUGUUUUCUUGGAGAGGCAUGGAGACUUGACUGAGUCUGAGAAGAUGGAAGCUUGUAAGGUUCUUGACUGUAAGAAACUUUCUAGGCAAGGAUGCGACGAAGCCGUGAAGAACCAGAGGCUUCCUCUUAGGAUCGUUGUUCAGGUUUUGUCUGUUUCUCAGCGUCAGAUAAGGGAUACGGUGGCCAAAGAGAUUAAGGGAGCGGAAGAUAAAGUAGCGGAAGAAGAGAUUAGGAUUUGGAGCGAUGAGGAUGAGAUGGAGAAGAUGAGUGAAAAGCUGUUGGGUGUGGAGAUUGAGGAUCAUCAUCAAUGUGUUGUUCAUCGAUGGAAGAAGACUAAGAAGGUAAGUGUGUGGAGACAAGUGAAGAGGAAGUUUGGUUGCUUGACUAUUAAUUCUUCUUCUUCAACUUCAGCUGAUGCUUGCACCUGUGAUGUCAAGAAGAAGAACAAGAAGAAGAAGAUUCAUCAUCACUACAAAUAAAUAAAUAACUUAAGAUAAAGACACUUUGCUCUGUUCUUGUUGCUAUCCUCUGUUUCUAACAUUGGAGAAGAUGUUUUGUUCUGUUUUUUUUUUGGUACUGAUUAUUUUCUCAAUU